GUCUCUGGCCGUGCCCGGGGGGUGUGUGUCUCUGGCCGCGCCCGGUCCCAGGAGGCUCUGACAGCCCGUCUGAAGGGCCAUAACGUCAAUACCAGUGAAGCUGCAUCUUGUUUCCCACUAAACCUGUUGUCUCGAUGCCUCCGGGUGCCAGCUGCAUUAAGCAGGCAUCACUAGGGACUGGGAUAGAGCCUCUGGCCGGGGCAAGCCAGGCCCAGCCUGCCAGCUAAGCAUGCGCCGCCCUCCCUCCAUCCCCAUCCCACCCCAGCAAGUGUGUGUAUGUGUUUAGACCAGCAUGGAGGGAGCACCCCCCUUGUACCUGCUGCCUGCUCCCAGCCCACCCUUCCCCAUCUGGGCCUUUGCACUGCAUGACUUGGGCGUCAGUAACCGGCCUGGGCAUGCUGCCGUGCCCUGCCCAUUCUGGCCAACAUCCCCCUUAUCUUCCUGCCGCCUGGCCUGAUCAGGUUAGUGCCGGUGGCGCUGGGAUUGCAGGCCCCAGAGAAGGGCCCAGUAGCUACCAGGAAGUAAAUUGGGUUUGUUUCCCUGCUGUGUUUGGAGGGCGGUUUCCUGGGCCAAAGGGAGGAGGGGAGGGCCUGGGAGCUGAGUAGGGCGUUUCUGUGCCCACUUCCCUUGCCAUGCUCUCCCUGGGCCUGGAACCUCCUCCCCUUCCCUGGCCUCCCUCCUACCCCCCCUGCCCUCUGCUGGGUGCUGCUCUGGGCAGGAGUCCGGCAACGGCUGGGCUGCGAAUGCUGCUUCCCCAGACGGAGGAGUGGCUGGGCCCGCAGGGGCGGUGUCCUCGGAAGGUGAGUGCACCUUCCCCACCCACGGGCUCCGUAUGGUGCUGUGGGCCCCCCCGGGGGGGGGGGCACUAACCCAGCAAAGCUGCACAGUGUCUUGGGCAGUCCCCACAGCAGCCUGGGCGGCUCACUCCCCUUGACACUUGGGGAGACCCCAGGGUACGUGGGCAGCUCUGGAUGUUUACUGGGACCCGGCCACGGGCCCCCUCUGCUUUGCUCCCUUCCUGGCUGGAGGUGCUGGCAUAGGCUUCUGGCUUCCCUGGCUGUGGGGAUGACAGCCCAGCCCCUCUUUGCAGGGCACAUCAGUCUGGCCCACUGGCUGCGGUGUCACAGAAGGUUCUGUCUGGAGGCAGGCAAGCCCCUGGGCUGGUUUGCUCUGGUCUGGUGCCCCUUGGGCUGCUGCACAAGGAUAUGGGCUCACUGGGUUUGCUGCUCCUCUAAGGGAGAUUCCCGUGGGCUGGCUGGAUGUGUGUGUGGCAAGCAGCGUUCCCAGGUGUCCCUUCACCUCCCCACUGCACCCCGGCUGCUCCAGGCCCCGGCAUCUCUUGGCAGAUCGAGCCAGGCUCACCUUGGCUGAGACCCCAAACUUCCCGCACUUGUCUGCUAGGCCUCCUCAGGGGAAGCGGGUGCCAGGCGGCCUCCCAAGCCCGGUGUGUCAGGCAAGCAGGGAUCCAAACGAGGAGCCAGUGCCAGGGGCUCCCCUGUAUGAUCCCCAGCAGCCAGAUGCCGUCUCCUCCCCGGCUCGUAGUGACCUCCUGGGGCAGGCCUAGCUUGGACGGAGCCGGCAGUGAGUCAGCGGGGGAAGAGGCUGCUCCGAUGGUGGGGUGUCUUCAAGAGCCACGGCGAGUGGUUCGCUUCGUCCCGUCAGUGCUGAGUGCACGGCAGCCUCCUCGAGGGCUCGGCCAGGCCGGCUAACUCCCUGUUUGUCGCUGAACCGCAGGUUGGACUCCACGCAGAAGGGCUCUGCAGCUCUGCUCCCCGUGUGCGGCGCAGAUGGAGUACGUGGAUAUGAACAAGCUGAGCUGCGGGAAGAAGACGCGGGUGGAAGGCGGCCAGCUCGGGGGCGACGAAUGGACCCGCCACGGCAGCUUCGUCAAUAAGCCCACCCGCGGCUGGCUGCACCCCGACGACAAGGUCAUGGGCCCCGGCGUCUCCUACCUCGUCAGGUACAUGGGCUGCGUGGAAGUUCUCCAGUCCAUGCGGGCGCUGGAUUUCAACACCAGGACUCAGGUCACCAGGGAGGCGAUCAGCCUGGUGUGCGAGGCAGUGCCCGGUGCCAAAGGAGCCGUCCGGAGGAGGAAGCCCUGCGGCCGCUCACUGAACUCCAUCCUGGGCAAGAGCAACCUCAAGUUUGCCGGCAUGCCCAUCACCCUCACAAUCUCCACCAGCAGCCUCAACCUCAUGGCGUCCGACUGCAAACAGAUCAUCGCCAACCAUCACAUGCAAUCCAUCUCCUUCGCCUCAGGGGGGGACCCGGACACUGCAGAGUACGUUGCCUACGUUGCCAAAGACCCCGUCAAUCAGAGAGCCUGCCAUAUCCUGGAGUGCCCCGAGGGCCUGGCGCAGGACGUGAUCAGCACCAUUGGACAGGCCUUCGAGCUGCGCUUCAAGCAGUACUUGAAAAACCCCCCAAAGCUCGUAACUCCCCAUGACAGGAUGGCUGGGUUUGACGGCUCGGCCUGGGACGAGGAGGAAGAAGAGCCAUCGGACCACCAGUACUACAACGACUUCCCCGGCAAAGAGCCACCCCUCGGGGGCGUGGUGGACAUGCGGCUGCGUGACGGCGCCAGCGUGGCACAGACGCCCAAUCACCUGGGGGCAACGCUGCCUGUGGGCCAGAUGUCCAGCGCAGAGCACGACCCCCGGAAGCAGCACCCUCCUGCCCAAGGAAGGGAUAAAUACGCCCCCGGCGCCGGCCCAGCCCUCCGCACCGAUCUGUUUGACGACCCGUCCUACGUCAACGUGCAGAACCUGGACAGGUCGCGCCAGGCCUCUGCCGCCAGCAUCCCGGGCACGGCCAACGGCAGUGCCCAGCGAGACCUCUUCGACAUGAAGCCCUUCGAGGACGCCCUGCGUGUCCCGCCCACGGUGCCGGUGGGGCUGCCGCCGGCCCAGCUCCUGGCCUCCAUGGAGGAGCAGCUGCGGCGGGAGCCCUGGUACCACGGGAAGAUGAGCCGCAAGGAGGCGGAGAAGCUGCUGAAGGUGAACGGGGACUUCCUGGUGCGGGAGAGCACCACCACACCGGGCCAGUACGUGCUGACCGGGCUGCAGGGCGGGCAGCCCAAGCACCUGCUGCUGGUCGACCCCGAGGGAGUGGUGCGGACGAAGGAUCAUCGCUUUGAGAGCGUCAGUCACCUGAUCAGCUACCACAUGGACAAUCACCUGCCCAUCAUCUCGGCGGGCAGCGAGCUGUGCCUACAGCAGCCCGUGGAGAGGAGACUGUGAGGCGUGGGUGGCCUCGGCGGAGCCCCCCAGGCCCUGCCCACCCUGGCCUGCUCAUCCCCUCUCUGCCAGCAGGGCUCUUGGACUGUUUCAGCCGCUGCUUCCCCAGGAGGCCCUGGGGCUCCCCGUCUCUCCGCCAUGAGCUCAGACUCCCUGGGCUCACACCAGCCCCUCCGGAGACAGAGCAGAGGUGGAGGUGGCCGGGGGAGCCGGGGCUGGGCAGAGGGCGGGGGCCUGUUUCUGCAUCCAGGGAGCUGCACCAGCCACAGCUCCACCUCUGCUAGCACCAAACUCCAGCCUGGGCGGCUGUGUGCACUGCUCCGAAGGCCAAUUGCAACCACACACACUCGCCCUCGCCCCGCGUUCAUCCCCCCCCUCGGGCAGGGCGGGUGGGAGGGAGCCUGCCCUGACCGCCGAGUGCCUGCUGAGCCUCUGUGAGGAAGGUGAGGGUCAAUCCUAUUGGCUCAGAGGCCUGCCUGUCUGGAGGUUGCAGAGCGCUCCUGGCCCCCGCCCUCCCCGAGAGGCAGCUCACCCCAGCAGGGAAGGGCUGGAUUCUCAUCUGCCGUUCCCCUGCAAUCCCUAGGGGCCAGCACCCAUGGGUGGCACCACCUGCGUGAUCCCUUUGGGAGAGCCACCCGCACCACAGAGCAGCGCCAUGGCUCUUGCUGCACAGAGCGAGAACAAGGGAGAUUUUCCCCAGAGGGUGGGAGUGGAGGGCCCCCUGCCCUCCCCAGGUGAACCCGGCCCUCUGCUCUGCGAAGCCCAAGGCUGGGCCGGCCGCACACCGAAUGUACCCGAUCACUUUACGUAUUAACUCUGUGCCUUGACCCUCCACAGGUCCCAGAUACUUAUGCAAAGCAGUUGGCCCUGGGGCGGGCUAGGGAGAGCAGUCAGCCCACCCUGGGAGCACAGCCCCUGUCCUCACGCAAGGCUCCCAGAGGCCACAGCCAGGCCUGGUCCCGCCUGUCCUGCUGGCUGGAAGCAGAGCUCAGGUGGCCCCUUCUGCAGCAGGCUGCUCACAGUCCCACUCCUCAUCCUGGAAGGCAACUCCCAGCCUGUGUCCAGGGAGGGGCAUGGAUGGAAAUGAGAUGGGGUAAAUGGGGUUCUCCAUAAGCGGGCAAGAGCCCCUUGGCCCCCCUGCCCUUGGAGGGGAGCAGUGCUAUACACUACGCCCUUCUGCCCCUUGGGCAGGGUGUCACAGCCAGUUCCCUGUACUCCAGCUCGGUCUGGGCCAACCACGCAGCCAAAGGAAGCACGUAGCACCCAACAAGAUUGCAGCCGGAAGGGGGGAACCAGAACUCCCCACAUCAGGGGACAAGACAGCUGGCCUGAGCCCUGCUGCUGCUCCCCAGCCAGCGCUAAGCAGUGUCCGCCGGGAGCAGCCUCCUGGGCUUCCCAGGCUCUGCUGCAGUGGCAGGUGAGCCCUCUCCCUGCAGGGCAUGAAGCCUGCCCGCCCCUGGGUCUGCACGGUGUGGGGGGAUCCCAGUGUUGCAUGCACAUUGUUCUACUCUGACGCCAAAGUGUAACCCUCCCCCUCACGCCUCCUGCUCCCCCGAGAGGAGUCAGCCUGGGCUCAGAGGGGGGAGGGUUUUGCUUUCUCCCCUCCCCCUUCUCUCUUUCUCCUUUAUAUGGGUUUGAUUUGUUACCAGGUCUUGAUUAUACCAAAGGAAUUGGAUGGUUAUUAUUAAAGUUAGUAUUUCUUUAA